AUGUUUGCCACCCAGCGUACCGCCGUUGCCUUCAAGGGCCUCAAGGCUCUCUCUGCCAAGACCGCCAUGCGCUCCAUGGCCUCCCAGGCUGCCACCUCCAUGCCCGGUGCUUUCAACGCCAAGAAGAACGCCAACGGCAACUACACUGUCACCCUCAUCCCUGGUGACGGUAUCGGACCUGAGAUCUCUGAGUCCGUCGUCAAGAUUUACAAGGCCGCCGGUGUCCCCAUCGAGUGGGAGCCCGUCAGCGUCACCCCCGUCCUCAAGAACGGAAAGGUCGCCAUCCCCGAUGAGGCCCUCCACUCCGUCAAGAAGAACACCGUCGCUCUUAAGGGACCUUUGGCCACCCCCAUCGGAAAGGGCCACGUUUCCUUGAACUUGACCCUCCGUCGUACCUUCAACUUGUACGCCAACGUCCGCCCCUGCAAGUCUGUUGUUGGAUUCAAGACCCCCUACGACAACGUUGACACCGUCCUCAUCCGUGAGAACACCGAGGGAGAGUACUCUGGCAUUGAGCACGAGGUCGUCGAUGGUGUUGUCCAGUCCAUCAAGUUGAUCACCAAGGAUGCCUCCGACCGUUGCGCUCGCUACGCCUUCCACUACGCCAAGGAGACCGGUCGCAACCGUGUCACCGCCGUCCACAAGGCCAACAUCAUGAAGUUGUCCGAUGGUCUCUUCUUGUCCUCUUGCCAGGAGGUUGCCCGUGAGUUCCCCGAGGUCAAGUUCGACGACUUGCUUUUGGACCGCGCCUGCUUGCAGAUUGUCCAGGACCCCAGCAUCUACGCCGACACCGUCAUGGUCAUGCCCAACUUGUACGGAGAUAUUCUUUCCGAUAUGAGCGCCGGUCUCAUCGGUGGUCUCGGUUUGACUCCCUCCGGCAACAUUGGUCGUGAUGCCUCCAUCUUCGAGGCCGUCCACGGUACCGCUCCUGAUAUCGCUGGCCAGGACAAGGCUAACCCCACUGCUCUCUUGUUCUCCUCGGUCCUCAUGUUGAGACACAUGAACCUCAACAACUUUGCCGACCAGAUCGAGAAGGCUACCUUGAAGGUCAUUGCUGACGGCAAGGUCUUGACUGGCGAUCUUGGCGGUCGCUCCACCAACACUGAGUUCACCAAUGCCAUCAUUUCUGAGCUUUAA